UCGCCGCACCGCACCGCACCUCCUCCCCGCGUCUCUAUCUCCGCCCACGCCCGGCCAUAUAGCUAGCUAGCCAGCAGCACACAUUCCCAUCACGAAUCCUCCUCGGGCUUGGCCGAAUUCCCACGCCAACUUCACACGGCACCAGAUUCGCGCCGCGCCGCACCGCACCGGGCGAGCCGGCCGCGCUCGCUCGCGCUCUAGGCAGAGCUAGCUAGCUGCGGCACGCGCACACAGGCAGCCGCCCUUGCUACGUCGGGAGAUAUACCACCAGUUGAUCGGCAACGAGAGGAAGCUAUAGCUAGCUAGCUUCUUGCUAACUAGGAGGCGAAGAAGAACGGCCGGCCGGAGGCGCUAUCGAGGUCGACGGACGGAGGCGAGAACUCGCUGGAGAUCAUCAUGUUCGAGGGGAUGGAGCGGGCGGGAUACGGCGUGGGCGCCGGGGUGGUGCUGUCGCGGGACCCCAAGCCCCGGCUGCGCUGGACGCCCGACCUGCACGAGCGCUUCGUGGAGGCCGUCACCAAGCUCGGCGGCCCCGACAAGGCGACGCCCAAGUCGGUGCUGAGACUGAUGGGCAUGAAAGGGCUCACCUUGUACCACCUAAAGAGCCAUCUUCAGAAAUACAGGAUGGGAAAGCAGAGCAAGAAAGAUACAGGCUUCGAAACCAACAGAGGAGCCUUCGCCGCACAGGGCAUCAGUUUCUCCUCUGCGGUGCCUCAGAACGUUCCGUCCGCCGGGAACAACAACAUGGGAGAAACGCCACUCGCGGACGCAUUAAGAUAUCAAAUCGAAGUCCAAAGGAAGUUGCACGAACAGCUUGAGGUUCAGAAGAAGCUGCAAAUGCGCAUCGAGGCGCAAGGGAAGUACCUGCAAACGAUCCUGGAGAAGGCCCAGAAAAACCUCUCGUACGAGGCAGGCGCAGACGCGAACCUAGAGACAACCAGGUCGCAGCUCACCGACUUCAACCUGGCUCUCUCGGGGUUCAUGGACGACGCGACGCAGGCGUGCCAGCAGAACGGCGGAGAGCUGGCCAAGGCCUUGUCCGACGACAGCCUCAGAGCCGGCAACCUGGGCUUCCAGCUCUACCACGGAGUCCACGACGGCGAGGACGUGAAAUGCGCCACGGACGAGGACCUGCUCCUGCUGGACCUGAACAUCAAAGGUGGGUACGAUCAUCGGCUGUCCUCCCACGGCAUGCGGCGCGGCGCGGUGGACCUGACGGUCGGCCAGCACCGGAGGUAAAAUGUGUUUCGGUAGAAGGGCGAGCGUAGUUUUUAAGUCGAGCAGUUGAGCUCCCUACGAGAGAUUCUUUUGGCGGUCCCGAGGAUGCUUGUUUACGGUCUGAUUACACUUUAUACGUACCUAUGCAUGCUAAUGUAAAAUUUGUGGAAAUUGAGAUCCAGGCUCCGAAUAAGUGUAGCUAGAUGAUGAUCGAGUGCGAGAUCUGACUACACUGUAUACGUACCUCCUAAAAUUCUGAUCGGCUAGAACAUAGUAGCAUCGUGGAGUGUUUUUGCUGUUGUUGAGGGAUAGCAUUAUGAUGGAGUGUUGCAUGCAACAGACCAGGCACCUUCAAGAGAUUCUGUCUGUCUUGUAGUAGUUGGGUUCAGUAGCUCUGUUCCUAUGUAUGAAAAUGAUAUCUUUGUUUCUAA